AUGUCGUCCAUUACUGCGGAUCCUUCCAUUCUCUCUUCGAAACGAGCAAUAUAUGUCGGUGGACUUGCCAAAGGUGUCAAUCCACAAAUACUGCGAGCUGCAAUGAUUCCAUUUGGCAACAUCAAAAGUCUCGACAUUCCAAUGAAUUACAGCGAGGGAACACACAGGGGGUUUGGGUUUGUUGAGUUUGAAGAUGCCGAAGACGCUUCAGAAGCUAUUUUCAAUAUGGAUGGGGCUGAUUUGAUGGGUCGAACGAUAUCUGUUGAUAUGGCACAGGCCAAUCAGUUAUCGAAACUCUCCAAUACCAGGACACAAGCCAUUUGGAGUUCGGAUGAGUGGUUUCAACAGCAUGCCUCGGGGGAAAUGACGGCAGAAGAGAAAGAGAAGCUCAAUCAACAGAAUGAAGAUCAGACAGAAUUGAGAAACUAG